AUGUCCGACCACAGCAACGGCAUCAAGAAAGGCGGCGACGACUACGUCGAUAGCUCCCACGAGGCCGCCCUCGGCCGCUUCCGCUCCGCCGCGAGCGUCGCCAUGACGCCCGAGCUCUUUGAGAAGCUGUACCUGUCGCCGCAAAACGCCGUCAAGGGCGACUUGCGCAAGACGUUUGCCAACCCGACCCCCAUUGCGGUUGCUGGCUUCCUCCUCUGUCUGACGCCGCUCUCGUGCGACCUCAUGGGCUGGCGCGGCGCCGGCGGCAACGGCGCGGCGAGCAUCCCCGUGUACUACUUCCAGGGCGGCAUCCUCAUGACGCUCGGCGCGCUGCUCGAGUGGAUCCUCGGCAACACCUUUUCCGCCGUCGUCUUUGGCUCCUUUGGCACCUUUUGGCUCUCCUUUGCCGGCACCCUCAGCCCGUCCUUUGCCGCCUUUGCGUCGUACGCGCCCGCGGGGGAGCCGGCCGCCGCCGGUCUCGAGACGCCCGCCUUUAACGCCAGCUUCGGCUUUUGGCUGCUCGUCAUGGCGCUGCUCUGCGUCGUCUACAUGAUUUGCGCCAUCCGCACCAAUAUUAUCUUUUUCCUCAUCUUUUUAUGCCUCGUUAUUUCCUUUGGCUUGCUCACUGGCGCGUACUGGGUGCUCGCGCAGGACUUUGCUGGCAAUGCGGCGCGAGCGCAGAAACUGGUCGUGGGAGGUGGCGCGGCUGGGUUCGCUUGCGCGUCGCUCGGAUGGUACCUCUUCCUCGCGCUGCUCUUUGCCGCCGUCGACUUUCCCAUCCAGCUCCCUGUCGGCGACUUGUCCUCCUUGGUCAGGGGCCACAGCGAAAGGAACAAGAUGGCCUGA